AUGUUCGGCUCCGGGGAAACCCCUGCGGGCAAACGUCCAAAGCCCGAGCCUUCCUCCGAUGUCCCUGCGCAAGCAGAUGUGCUGGCCAUGGCGAAGGCGCAGUUUGGUGACAAGCUUUCUGCCGAAGAGCUGCAAGGCUUUCUCAACUCCAUGGCCCAGCUGCGGAGCCAAGGCUCCGGUGCUUCCUCCACAUCGCCCAAUCCUUCAGCAGUUCCGCAGAUUGUAAAGAUCGAGGCCGAUGAACUGCAAGCAAAACAAGAAGUGGAAGGGGCCCUCAAUGUUCCUUGGGAGGAUCUUUCUGAGCCACAAAAGCACGCCCUGCGUGAUAAGGACACCAGGGAUUUUGUGCUUCUCCUGGCAAAUAGUGCCACGCGUGGUGGGUUCUUUUUCGACAAAGACAAGCAGUCCUUUGAGCGUGUGGCCAUGAUGCAGCUCCCAGAGCGCGAGGCCAUGCAAACGGACUUCGAUGAGAUUGCAGAGCUUGCAGUCGAGGACACCAUCAAGCAGGCCCUCAUUUCCUUCCACAAAGACACCCACGUUCGCGACCUUCAAACCUUGUCCCAAAAGGUCACGGAUGCGAUGGCAGCCCAGCACGAUUGCAACCGCAUCUUCGGCUCCAGGUUGAACCAAGUGGAGGACCGCUUGGAAACUCUGGAGGCAGACGUCGCGCGUCGCACACUCCUUCUGAGCCAGUUGCCUCCUACGGCGUCCAUCGGCAAUUUGAAGGCCUUCGUCAAGUCGUUUUGCAAGUACGACGACCUUCAGGAUAUGGUCACCCAUAGCUACAGCUCGAAACAUGCUUUGGCAGUACUCCAGUUCAUUCGGGCCCAGAGUUGUCAUGAUGCGUAUUCGCAGUUCCAGAAGCAAUCCUCACUUGGCAAGCUCCCGAAACUGCAGUACAAGGUCGAAGGUAAGGAGGAGACGGUGCCUGGCAAGGAAUUGCGUCUGGAGAAAUACCAGCCGCAGUCGAAGCUCCUCGCGAUGCUUCCCAUCAAAACCAUGCAUGCGCUCCUGUUACGACCGGAGUGCCCGUUGCACGGCCAGGGUUCCAUCAUCUCCAAGGCCGAUUUCGGCCAGCUCAUGUUUCGACCCAAGGACUCGAAACAGCAGGAUGUGAUCUGCCACCUCAUGACCCGCUUCCACAAGGGCAGUGAAACUUUGUUCGUCCAGGAACUGGGCCUCGUGCAAUCCAUCUUCGACUAUGCUCGCGCCAAUUUCAUUGGUGAGUUCAACCAGCAGUUAGCGGAUACUACUUCGAAGUGCCGUGCGGUGAAGUUGGCUAAGUGUUUGGGAGGCACGCGAGCUCGCGAAGUCAGUACGUACCAACAGGUUCUGCAUGACGAAUCCCCUCCUAUGCAUCCUUUGUUCGUGUUUGCGCUGACCGACCAGCAAAGCAAAGUCCUCCUACGACAUCCCAACGCCAGCAUUCUCGGCGAUUUGGCAUAUAGCACGGUCCUACGCAGUCAAGGCCGUUUGGCUCUCAACCCACAAGUGAAUCUGGAGUUGAGGGAUGACUCAUGGGCAAAGGAACAGGAGGAGAAGCGCAAGGCCAAGGAGAUCACCAAGAAGGAGUUGGAUGAGGAUGACGAGGAGGCCGCCCAGGAGGUCAAGAAGAAGGGGAAAGGCAACAGUGGCGAGGCUCAGCAAAAGCAGAAGGCAAAAUCCAAGGCUAAGGCGAAGGCUGCCAGAAACCCGGAUUGGCACGCGACGGGUGGCGUUUGGGCUCCCGGUGGCGGCUGGUCCUACUCCAAGGGCAAGGGCAAGGGCAAGGGCAAGAGCAAGAAGGGCUGGUGGUGA